UUUUCACCUCCUUGGGUUCCCAAGCACACCCGUACCCGCCCGUCUUCUUCUUCAUAACCCGAAUGUGAUACAAAUUCAACACAGUUUCAGCUUUGAAAGCUGAACAACAAAUCUACAUCCCCUUCCCCCCACAAAGCUAACCAGGAAUGAUUUCGCCAGAAGUCAUGUAGUAACCAUAGUUAUGCGGAGAUUUUCUUCAAAAGCAGUGCUUCUCUGCAACAACUACCAUCUCCCCCUUCUACCCUCCCAACCAAACACACUCAUCCCCAUACAAUCAUACUCUUCUACCCGAUUCCACGAUCCACCCACAACCCAUUUCACCUCCCCCGCUCCUCUAACGUCUUCCCCCCAAAACCCAUCAAAAUUCAACCCAACCCACAACGAAAUUCCUCGUCAGUCGAGUCACAGAGGGAGUGGGUUCGGCCUCGUCCGCCUCGAAAACAACAACCCAGAAGACUCCGCCGCCACCGGUCACAGCCACGACGAGUUCGCGGCCGACGUCGAAAAGGUAUACAAAAUCCUCAGGAAAUUCCACUCUAGGGUUCCAAAACUAGAACUUGCCUUGAAAGAAUCCGGCGUCGUCGUCCGGUCGGGGCUCACCGAGCGCGUCCUGAACCGUUGCGGCGAUGCCGGGAACUUAGGGUACAGGUUCUUUAUAUGGUCUUCCAAGCAGCCUAGUUAUAGACAUAGUUAUGAGGUUUACAAGGCCAUGAUCAAGAGUCUGGCGAAAAUGAGGCAGUUUGGUGCUGUGUGGGCUUUGAUUGAGGAGAUGAGGAAAGAGAAUACUAUGCUUAUUGGGCCUGAAGUGUUUGUUGUGAUAAUGAGGAGAUUUGCGUCGGCGAGGAUGGUGAAAAAGGCGGUAGAGGUAUUGGAUGAGAUGCCCAAAUACGGGUGUGAACCAGAUGAGUAUGUAUUCGGGUGUUUAUUGGAUGCUUUGUGCAAGAAUGGCAGUGUGAAAGAAGCUGCUUCGCUGUUUGAGGAGAUGAGGGUUAGGUUUUCGCCGACUAUUAAGCAUUUCACUUCGUUGUUGUAUGGGUGGUGUAAAGAGGGGAAGCUUAUGGAGGCGAAAUUCGUGUUGGUUCAGAUGAGGGAAGCUGGGUUUGAGCCGGACAUUGUGGUUUAUAACAACUUACUUAGUGGGUAUUCUGUUGCAGGGAAAAUGGCAGAUGCGUUUGAUCUUUUGCAAGAGAUGAGGCGGAAGGGUUGUGAGCCGAAUGCUACUUCUUUCACUAUUUUGAUUCAGGCUCUCUGUUCUCAGGAGAAAAUGGUGGAGGCAAUGCAGGUUUUUGUUGAAAUGGAGAGGAGUGGCUGUGAGGCAGAUAUUGUGACUUACACUACUUUGAUCAGUGGGUUUUGUAAGUGGGGGAAGAUUGAUAAGGGUUAUGAGAUUUUGGAUAGGAUGAUACAGAAAGGACAUGCUCCGAAUCAGAUGACUUACUUGCAUAUUUUGCUGGCACAUGAGAAGAAGGAAGAGCUAGAGGAGAGUUUAGAACUUGUGGAGGAGAUGCGGAAGAUUGGUUGCACGCCUGACCUUAACAUCUACAACACUGUAAUUCGAAUGUCAUGCAAGUUGGGAGAGAUUAAAGAGGGUGUUCAACUUUGGAAUGAAAUGGAUGCAAAUGGGCUGAGCCCAGGGCUUGACACCUUUGUGAUUAUGAUUCAUGGGUUUCUUGAACAAGGUUGUCUCGUUGAAGCUAGUGAAUACUUUAAAGACAUGGUAGGAAGAGGUCUUCUUUCUGCUUCUCAAUAUGGUACCUUGAAAGAGCUACUAAAUGCCCUACUAAGAGCAGAUAAACUUGAAACCAGUAAAGAUGUUUGGAGUUGUAUGAUGACUAAAGGAUGUGAACUUAAUGUGUAUGCUUGGACAAUCUGGAUUCAUGCACUGUUCGCGAAUGGGCACGUUAAGGAAGCUUGUUCAUACUGUUUGGACAUGAUGGAUGCAGAAUUGAUGCCUCAGCCGGAUACUUUUGCUAAGCUAAUGAGGGGUCUGAGGAAACUGUACAAUAGACAGAUUGCAGCUGAGAUCACUGAGAAGGUGAGGAAGAUGGCUGCUGAGAGAGGGGUUACCUUUAAGAUGUAUAAAAGGCGAGGUGAGAGGGACUUGAAAGAGAAAGUUAAGGCAAAAAAGGAUGGGAGGAAGAGGAGGUCUCGUCAACGCCAGUGGGGUGGGGGCCGUGGUAGAGCAAACUUGGGUGUAACUUGAGUCAGAACUUAGAAGCAUGCUGUGAAGUAAACCUGUUUGACUUGCAGAGUGGGACCAAGGGGUACCAGACUCUCCUUGCUCGGAAGAGUUCAGUAGAGAUAAUAAGAGAUGAUCUCUGCCAACACGCCCUUCAGAGGAACGAUGCUGGAGCAGAUUCUUCUCCUCUGUUAUAUUUCUUCCAUAGGUCUUACUGGAAGUCAUACAAAUAAUAUCAUGUGAACCAAAGAAAAAAAUCUGAGAAAAUUCUGUGUCGCACUCCAUGACCAGUAAGUUAUCCCAAGUCAUGAGCCACAUUCUUUGGGAUGUAAUCAGGCUAUGAAUUGUUGUCACGAAGAUCAGUCUCUUCAUAUAUUUCCUCCUGCUUGGAAAAAGAACACACAGCAGAGACUUAAGUUUUUCGAGAAGAUAACAAAAGCAGACAAAUUGACAGAAAAAGAAAACCUCUGAGUCAUAAUGCUCCGACCAUCUCCUGCUCUUUGAGGUUACUCUUCGCGGAACGGUUGUGCUAUCAGCAGCAUUGGAGACCAAAAGAGUGCAAAGCAAUAGAUGUUGCUGCCUUAAAACUGGUAGAAUUUUUGCUGUUUUGAGAAAGUAAACUGUAAGUAUCUUCAUUGUGCACUACUUGUGAUUUGCGUUCGUCGCUUAUUAUGGUGCUACCACAAUCUUAUUCUAAGGUUUGCCAAUCAUGUCAUAUCAAAGCUACGUUACAUCGACUUGUUCACUGAUCUGAUUGGUGUUUUAAUUUGAUCAUUCUAUAUGAGAAUUCUGCACAGUAUGAAACAGGUUCGAUUUAUCCAUCUAUUGGGGUUUCGUUGUUAGUCUCGGAGCAGAAAUCUAAAGCACGAGUAACAAAGGAGAGUGGAGUGGAGUCGGCAAUAUACAGGCAUGGAGACGGUCCUUGGGGGUUCCGGACUUGGCAAGAACUUCAAGAUCAAAAAGGCUCAUUGACAUGAGUCCCAAGGUGAGUCCAGACAUCAACCCAGCAAACAACACCAGCAUCGCGAUUGCUACUAUCUGUAUGAAAAACUGUGGCUCACAGCAUUUGUAGUAAUGUUUUACUUGGUGUUCACCUCCAGUCAUCACCAUCCUAUUUUCUUCCUCUUCCUCUUCCUUUUCUUCUCCUGCAGGUACAGAGUCCUUAUGUUUUCUGAAAACAGGAAAAGAUAAAUUAUGGAAACCGGCAAUCACUGGAAGAGGUGGGGCAACAAACUCCACGAACUUUUGAAGCAUUGGAAUAGAAUUUAUUCAUUGUUUGGCCUGAAGGGAAUAUAAUUAGAUUCUUAUACCUUUGUGUAAGAAUUACGGGGAAUACUAAAAGGAAGGUAUGAUACAAUUUGUCAGGGGUAAUUUACACAACCAAAAUCAUGUAUUUGUAUACGUUUCUUUGAAGAGUCACAUAAGAGGUGAUAAUUAAAG